ACCUCUCCCAUCGGGGACGCGCCGCAUGACGUCAGCUACUUGCCGCGCUGUGAUGAUGGCGGUGCGUGAACGCGCAGCAAAAGCAAUGGCUGCUGUGGAUAGGCGAGUGCCUAGCCUCGAUGAUUUCGUGGGUCAGAGCUGGACGGCCUGGGCGGACUGGGCCGGUGUGAGCGGGGCAGAUGGGCCGGACGUGGGUGACUGCAGUAAGAAUGGGAAGAAGGCGGCGGAGGCCAUGUCGCUCAGCAAAGAGGACAUGUCCAUCUUUGGCCUCUACCCCGGUCACGAUGACUUCUUCCUGGUGGUGUGCAGCCAUUGCGGUCAAGUCGUGAAGCCGCAGGCGUUUGAAAAGCACUGUGAGCGCAGGCACGGCGCCCUCGCCAAGCUGCACGGCCGCCUGCGCUCCCCCGCUCCGGCUCCCCCGACCCAGAGGCCCCUACAAAGCUACUCUCCAUCUCAGGGGACCAAUGCUACUGCUGCUGCUGCUUCUACAUGGGGUCAGGGGGGAGGUCAGAUACGAAUGGCCCCUGCCUCACCCUCCACCCCGCCCCAGUUUAAACACUCCAAGACCUCCAAGGAUGGAUUACGACACUCCCCCCUUGAGAAGUUGUCCCACAGCAGCCACACAGACUCGUCUGUUUUCAAGUCCCCGCCGCCUCUGGAUCCUCCGCUCAUAUCGCCGCCUCCUUCCCUCAGAGAUCCUCCGUGGCCGCACGGGGGCACUCCUCCCAGCAGGCCCGCUCCCACCGACAGGCCCCCCAUGCAGAGAAAGGAUGCCCCUCAGCCUCCAGUAAUGACGGGGCCCCCCCGGGUCCCCAGACCGUACAACAAAGUGGCCUCCAAGAGGGAGUGUGACCUGGACAAGCACUGCGGAGUCCUGGACCCUGAAAGGAAGAAGGUCUGCACACGUCUCCUCACCUGCAAUAUCCACUCCAUCCACCAGCGCAGGAAAGUGGCGGGUCGCAGCAAGAACUUUGAUCAGCUCGUGGCAGAACUCAAGACCAAGGUUCGAGAGAAAGGGGCACAGAUGCUCGAUGGGGGAUCCGUGAGUGGACACUCCCCCAGCCCCGAAGCCCCCCGGGAGCAGGCUGGCGUCCCACACUGCAGGAGGCCCCUGGCCAGCCUCCCUGCCUUCAGUCGGUCCACAUCUGCAGCAGAAUGCACUAUCGAGGAGGAGAAGCAGCGGCAGGAGGAAGCCGUGCUCCGCGCCCCCUCCCCACUCCUCCACAAACACGACUCCAGUGAUGAGAGUGAGGGAGAGGAUGCCGAAGAGCUGUCAGAGUUCUCCUCCUCCUCCUCACAUCCCAGACCAGCAGCGCUUUGCACCUUCGGCAGCCAUUGCUUGGGUCACGGCAUCUACACCUUCGACAGGAGGCUGCACCACCUACGGGCCGCAUUCAGCAGCAUGCUGGAACAGCACAUCAGCGCGCACCUGUGGAGGAGGAUCCCUCAGGCCACAGACUUUCAGUCCUCACCCUCUACCAAAGCCUCCGCCUCCUCCUUCUCAACCCCCCCAACAGGACCCUGCUCCUCCUCCUUACACUUUAAGGUUCGCACAGGAAGUCACAUCAGCUCCUCCCUGAAAAACUCACUGUCCCCCUCCAGCCGGGGUCCAGGGAGGCCGAACACAGGAGUGGCGGUGGAGAAUUCUGGGGGGGGCAGCUUUCCUCGUGCUCAUCCAGAGCCUGGGGGGAAGCCGUCUAUGGUGCGCCCUGUAGGCCUGGGGAGGCACAAGAACCCGGUGGGACGGCCCAACAGGCAGAUAGGGAAGCUGCGGGAGGAGGCCACCACCGCCGCCACCGUUCGCAAACGCAAGGCCCCCUCCCAGGAAGGAGAGCACUCAGGCCCCGACAGGAACUGCAUUGUCCUCCAGGACCGGGGCCGCCCCCACUCUGCCCCCUCCUCUUCUAAAACCCCCCCUCAUUCGCUCCUUCCACACGGACAAACGAAUGGCACUCUAUCUCCUAGUGGCAAGCCCCGCCCACCGCCACACCCUUCAGACUCUCACUCUCCUGCCGCCAAGGCAUUGUGGACUUACAGACGGACACACCCCUCAACGCUCCAUUCCUCCCACCCAGAACCCGCCCCAACAAACUCUCACUGCAAGGUGGGACCAGGGGAGGCGGGGCUGCACGGUGGUGGGAGGGGCUUCGAGCAGCAGGGACUACUAAAAAAGCGCAAGCUUGGUGGCCUGGAGGAGCCUUCGUCCAAGCCGCCUACACAGCGCCCCCCAUCAUCCUCCUCCUCGUCCCAACGGUCCAACUUCUACUCCUGGAAGGACAGUAAAGGAGGGGGGCUGGCGGGAGGCGUGGAGAAGAAGCUCAGCGCACAGAAGCCAAAACUGCACCACUGAGCGUCCGCCUUAAGAUGCCUCUGCCAGGGAGCCUAUCCAUCUGGUCCUUCAGGGAGGGAGCCAGCCCGCCCGGUCGUAAAGGAAUGGGACAUAGCCGCUCAGUCCUGCAGGGAGGGGGGCCGAACUGACCUGUCAUGCAGUGAGGCAUGGCACGGCGCUCUCUGUGGGUCCACAAAUACCUCAACAUGUCUGGUUAUGCUGCUACAUUGAAUAUGUUUGUUUGUAAAAAAAAAAAAAAAAAAGAAAAAAAAAA